UGCAAGGUUAGACCAAUUGGGUUAGACCGUUAGUGCUGUUAUGAUGGAGGAAGAAUGAAAGUUUGCUCACGCUGCUCUUGUUUUGGUUUGCAUCGUGUUUUACUUUAGCUAGCCGAUUAGCUUACUGAAGCCCAGCCAUGUCUGCCAUGUGGCGGCGGCUGCAGGUGAAGGUGGGGCCGGCUCGUGGAUUAAUCACCUCCACACAGGUGACACGUCGAUCCACGUGGCUGAACGGACAUCUGUCUCUGUGUCAAAGCUUUAGCACCGGCACAUCUCUACGAAAUGACUUCUUCAAAGAUCUGGAGACCCAUAUGGAAGCUAUGCGGAAGAAGGCGAUGGACGCGCUUCCAGGGAGCAGCUGGACUCCUCUGGAGAUCAACCCCAACCUUCCUCCAGAGAGGGCGGAUAUCGUGAUCGUCGGAGGCGGGGUGGUGGGCUGGUCCAUCGCCUACUGGCUGAAACAGAAGGAGGCCUUUUCCUCCUCUUAUUCAUAAACUGCUCCCCCUGACUGUUCGCAGUACUCCCAGGCCUCCACAGUGCUAUCUGGUGGGGGGAUCCGACAGCAGUUCUCCCUGCCGGAGAACAUCCACCUCUCCCUGGCCUCUGCCGACUUCCUGAGGAACAUCAAUGAGCAUCUCGGCGUGUUGAACGAAGACCCCAUAGACCUGCAGUUUAACCAAUCUGGAUACCUCUUCCUGGCCAGUGAGGCGGUGGCUCACAUCAUGGAGGAGAACUACAGCACCCAAAGGUACGCUGGAGCCAAAGUGUCUCUCCUGUCUCCGACACAACUGAAGGAGAAGUUUCCGUGGGUAAACACAGAGGGUGUGGUUCUUGCUUCAUACGGGCUGGAGAAUGAGGGCUGGUUUGACCCAUGGUCUCUGCUGAACGCCUUUAAGAGGAAGGCCAUCUCCAUGGGAGCCAUUCAGUGCUGUGGGGAAGUGCAGAUGCCAAACAGCCUGGAGUACCAGCCAGUGGAGUGCGCUAUUGUGGUGAAUGCAGCAGGAGCCUUUUCUGGUAAACUGACCGAGAUGCUGGGAAUUGGCUUUGGCCCCAAGCAGUCCAUCGCUGGAAUCCCACUGCCUGUUGAGCCACGGAAAAGACUACAGAUAAAAAUGAAUCUAAGUAGGAUACAAGCGGCAGAGCCAGACGUCAGUAAUCUAGAGGUGGACCACAGUUUCUUUCAGGAGAACGUCUGGCCUCAUUUGGCCUUUCGAGUUCCUGCUUUCGAGAAACUUAAGGUGACCAGUGCCUGGGCAGGUUUCUAUGACUACAACACCUUUGACCAGAACGCCAUCAUCGGUACGCACCCCCUGAUCAACAACAUGUACUUCGCCACGGGCUUCAGCGGCCAUGGCCUGCAGCACUCGCCUGCAGUGGGUCGCGCUGUGGCGGAGCUGAUUCUGGACGGAAACUAUAAAACGCUGGACCUGAGCGGCUUCAGUUUCAACCGGAUUCUGACGCAGGAACCAAAGCUGGAGACGAACAUCGUGUAGCUGAGCCGAACCCUCAUAUCAUAUCUUUCACAUCCUGCCGAAGCCAAAUUAUU